AAGGUUACUUAAACCAAAAGCACUUUUAUAGAACCUUAUUUGUUCACAGGCGUUAGGCAUUAAGCGUUCACUAGAGAUUAGGGAAGAUGGCAAAGUUUAUUCCUUUGAUUUUCUGCUUGUCAGCAAUGAUAUUUGCCAAUGGGCAUGUGUAUAAAGGAGAGAAAACAUAUGACAAUAAUGAAGUUGACGAAGAAGAAAAUGAGGCAUCUGGUGAUGCAAUGGCAAAAAGAGCACUCAAAUGGACUGUAACUCAAGAAAUCCAGCAUGAUGAUAUGAAAGGUCCUUGGGGAGUAUGGGGAGAAAUGGAUUAUUGCAAUGAUGGGAAAUUUGCAACUGGGUUCUUCUUGAAGGCGGAAAAGGAUCAAAAGGCCGGGGACGAUACUGGAGCUAACGCAGUUUGUCUGCAGUGUGGGGAUAAGAAAGUGUGCUCCAAAAAAGCCAAAUGGGGUGAAUGGUCAGAAGGAAUUCGUUGUCCAACAGGAAGCUUCAUUAGUGGUUGGAGACAAAAUGUCGAGGAUAAACAAGGAUGGGGAUUGAUAAAGGAUGACACUGCGCUAAACAAUGUAGAAUACAGAUGCAGAGACAAGAACACCUGGGAGAAGACAGAAGACAUAAAGACCAAAGCAGAAGAGUGGGGAAAAUGGAGUUUGUUUGUAGAAUGUCCAAGAGGUCAGUUUAUUUGUGGAAUUAAAACAAGAGUUGAAAAACCAGGCGGCGAUGAUACAGCACUUAAUGAUAUCAAACACAAUUGCUGUAAACCACUGCUGAAGAAAAAAAAGGCCUAAAUAAACCAGUGAAGACACGAUAAAGAAAACUAUUGAUUAAUUUUAAUUGAAAUGAAAUGAAAUAAAAUCAAGCAAAAUGUCAAUUGUUUCUUUUUAGAAAAAUCCUUUGGCUUAAUUUAGUAG